AUGAACUGGAUAUUUCUCAUGAAAGUGAGCAUUAAAAUUAUUGCUGAUCACCUUAAAGUUUGUGCUCGAUGGGUGCCACGUCCAUUGACAGAGGAACAUAAAGGAAAGCGUUUUGAAAGUGCAUCUGCAUUUCUGCAACGUUACCAAACGGAAGGAAAUGAGUUUUGGGACAAACUUAUGACUAGAGAUGAGACUUGGAUUCACUACUUCUCACCUGAAACGAAAUGCAGCUCUCUCGAGUGGAAACAUUGCAGUUCCCCGACACAAACAAAGUAUCGAACUGUUCCAUCUGCAGGAAAGGCGAUGAUGACGCUGUUUUUCGACAGAGAAGACGGGGUGCAUACAGAGUUCAUGCCGAAGGGUGCCACAAUUAAUGCAUCUUCUUAUUGCGAAAAUCACUAA